CUUAAAAAGAACCAUCCCACAGGAAAAUAUUUUCAGGCUGUCUACAUUAUUGAUGGUGUAGUAUUUUACUCAACUGAGCACAGCUAAUUUUAAUUUAAUAAUAUUAUCAUCGUCACCAAUCCUUUUCUCUGUUCAAUAUAACAACCGGAUUUUUCUUAAUUUUUACAUUCUCUUCUUUCUCCUAACCACCCCGUUAUACCCUCCAAAAACCGCUUGUACCCCCAAAAGCUUCCACAGCGUCCUACACUUCUCCUCAUCUGGCACUCGCUCACAUCCAGCCGAUCCAGCCAAAAUUAGUAGCAAACGCCUUCUUCCUUUUUUUCAUCCUCUGCAUCUUGCCUCAUUUUGAGAAUCGCCAGAAGUGAGUACGCUCACACAUCCACCAGCUUGUAUCUCACAUAUAACUGACUAAUACGUGCCACGUCCUACUUGUCUCGUCUCAUCUGCUCCCGGCUCAUCUGUUUCUAUAACUUCAUCUAAUCUACGUCUUCCAGCCGUAGCUAUCCAUCACAUAUCGAAUUUCAGUGUUUCUCAGAUCUCAGUUCCCGUCUCAGUCUCGAAUUUCAGUUAAAUUUCGAAUCCCGUAAACUAGCCUCAAUAUCCAUAUCGCACUGUUACUAAUGAUGAACUCGCAGUUGAACAACCCCGACAACCAGGACCAGAUAUUCCAGGAAGACCAGUUCAGACAGGUCUGUUUCGAUCCACAGCAGCCGCAGACCAGUGGCUCAACUGCUGGCUCAGCAUCCUCUGCAUCAACCUCCGCAUCUACCAACUCCGCUUCUACCUCCGACGGUAGCUCUUCGUCGUCUUCAACCAAGAGAAACUCAUCUUCUGCAGGGACCGCCACCUGCUCGUUAGCUGACUCAUCGAAAAGAAAAUCUACCCCUUCCUCGAACGGCCUUGGUGCUGACAUGUCGUCCUCGGCUUCAUCCAAGGCUGCUGCCUUGAAAUCUAAGGCUCCAUUCAUCAUCAGACGCUUCAGAUCGAGAUCGCUCCCCAUCAUCAACUACAACUCACAGAGACCGCACCAUUUCCACCAUCACCACCACAACAACUCCGGCAACAGCAGUAGUAUCAACACCAGCACCACCUCGUCAUCGUCAUCCCUGUCAUCUUCCAUCCCUCCUUUGCCUCCUAUCAAUUUGCAGAGUCUUAAAGAAAUCGACUUGCAUGAGAUCCUCAAGAACCCGCAGUUGAGACACGACAUCUUGUUUGACCCACAACUCCAGUUCAGACCAAACUUGGACGGAGAAAGAGGAAAGCGCAAGAAGUCCAUCAUCGACAAAUACUGGUUGGAAAUACAGAAGGAGUGUGCGCAAUUCUUCAACAACACAAACAGCAUCAACAAUAACAGUAGCAGUAGUGACAAUAACAGUAGUAUCAAGAUCAAGAUCAACAGGUUGCCAAUUUUGUUUGGAACUUUACGCGACAUUCUUCUCAGCCUUUUACCCACAAAGGACCGUCAACAGGUCAACGAAAUCAUGGACAUAGACUUGUUGGUACAACAGUUGAAUCAUGGCUCGUUUGACUUUGUGGAGAUGUCCAAAUGGCUUGGUGACGUCUUCAAGAGCCACUGUGCGCCUAUGCGUGACCAGUGGGUAGUAGAGAUGAACCAGAAGUUUGUUGACGCCUACAACUUCAACUCGGUCGAGUUGCUUGUUGGAGGCUUGAGAAUGAUCUUCCAGAUUUUGGAAGCUAUGAAGUUGGACGUAGCCAACCACCAGAUACGCAUUCUCAGACCCGUGCUCAUUGAGACCGCCGUGGACUUCGAGCGUGACUACUUCCAGACCUUGAUUUCGCACCAGAAGAUUAACAUUAACGACUCGCUCAACUGGUUCUACAAGAAGUUCAUCAAGAAGGCUUCGCUGAUGGAGGACUGUUCUGAACCCACUGAAGAUCGUCACAUCAAUGACUCCAACUUGAAGCCCGUGAUCAUUUCCUCCAUCAUCGACUUGUUGAGCUGUCGCCAGAUGGCCACCGAGUUCCCCUCGACUCUCGCAUUCGAUCACACUCGGUUGGUUCUUCUCCGUGCUGACGUUAGACAGUUGGUCUGUGUCCAGCUCUGUAUCGUGUUGUACAAGCAGCUUGUGAUUAACGCUAAGAAACCAACUUCGUUACUAGCAGCUGCUAACAUCCUGAAGGUACAGCAAGAGAUCUUGGCUAUCGUUACUGACGAUAACGGCAACAUCAAGUGGACUAAGAACAUUUCGUCCAUUUCGUUGCAGUUGGUCAAGAACUUGUCUGCUGGCUCGAACUCCAACGCCAACUUGUCAUUGCCCCAAGAUUUGGUCGAGUUCUCUUACAACUGGUUGAGCAAGCAUAUCCAGCCCAACUCAGAAGUCUACGGAUUGAUGGAAGCCAAGAUCUUCAAGGAAUUGUUGAACGAAAUCAUGACUAUCAUCAACACCGAAGAUACCACUAUAGCUCCAGUCUCCCCCGCCACCCCUGAUGCGUCCAACACCGAGUUGAAGAACAUCGCCAUGCGCAUCCUGACCUUGGUCAAGUUCCACUGGAACGUGUUCGGCAAUUACUACAUUGACCACAUCAAGUCGCAACAUCACAAACUCCAACAGGACAAGAAGAAGUUCAACGUGACCAAAAAGCUCAUGAACUAUAACGACAACGACAGCAACAGCAACAACAGCAACAACAAUAACAGCAACAAUGACAGCAACAACGACAACGCAAUGCACCCUUCUUCAUCCUCUACUUCCAACAAGAACAACGACGACAGCAGCAACACAACCACUAAUGCUGCCAUCUUGACAACCUAAGCAUUGUAAUGGAAACUUGUUCCACACACCCAGGCAUACUUUUUUUCGAAUUACGUUUAUCGGUAACUUGUUACUUAAUACACGUAUAUAUACAUAAUUAUAAAUAAUCAGGUUUACCACGAAGUUUCAGUUGUCAGUCGAUGAACCAGUCUUUGUUCUAGUUUUUGUAAUAGUUUUUCAUUAUCACGGUUAUUUAGGAAAGGUAUAAGAACAUAUUCACUUCACAUUAGUUUAGUAUAAUGAAUGGAAAACGUU